CUUGACAAGUAAAUAUCAGUAUUUGUUUCAUUUUAACUGUCUAAUAAGUAUAUUGAAAAAUAGCUCUGUCGGGUAGAAUGCAGAUACCAAUAGCAAAUCAUCAGAUCGUUAACCGGGUACCAAAAUUAAUACGCUUACGACUAUAUUAAGCUGGAUCAUCACUUCCUACUUUGGUACCCGAUUUCGAUAUGUGCAGUUCAAAACAGGAAUCAAUUCGCAAGGAAGUGUUUCAUAUAAGUAAAUUGAUCGAUUUAUGAUAGUUAUUGAGUUCUCGUCGGAACCCGAAUGUCAGUUGCCGGGAACGGUGCCAUUUAAUAGAAUGGUUACAUACGCGUCUAUUGAUACCAGGUACUCAUAGGAAAAUAUACCUUUGCUAGCUGGUAUCAAAUCUAUGCUGCUGGUGGUCAAGUCAUUUCCUGAUAGAGAUGGAAAAUAGUAACGGUUAUAAUCCGCCAUGGAAAAGACUAGCGUUAGACAAUAAAAGAAAAAAUCGAGAGAAGCGCGAAGCUGAAGCUAAGAAACAAAAGGAGGAAUUGGCGAAACAGGACAGAUUAAGAGAAUCUAAAGGUAUGAAAUCGGAUUACGAUAGUGUAACGUCUGAGUUGAUCUUCGAACCAGCGCACAUCCAAAAUGAAGACAAUACAGACUUUGAUUUGGAAGGACCUGUAAGCCAAUCUAAUAAAGAUAUAAAAACUUAUCACGAUAGUCGAACGUCUAUCUCUCUUUCCGAACAAGCAAAUAUCGACAAAGUUGACGUCUUACUCGCCGAAAAGGAAAGAAUUGACCAGAUAUAUGGAACUGUAAUCCCUCAUACUGCCUUAACGUCUUAUCAGGAUUAUCUAAGGUCUGAAUCUAUCUCUGACCAAGCAUGCAUCCACAAAGAGUAUGAAUCGUCAGAGGAAGCAAGUUCUCCAGCGCUGAACAAAAUAUCGGAACAAAUGGAAUCGUCUUUCGAUAAAACAUUUGAAUCUCUCGCCGUACCUGCACGCCCCAACAAAGAGUAUGAAUCGGCAGAGGAAGCGGGUUUUCCAGCCCUGAACAAAAUAGCGAAACAGUAUGAAUCGUCAGAGGAAGCGGGUUCUCCAGCCCUGAACAAAAUAGCGGAACAGUAUGAAUCGUCAGAAGGAGCGGGUUCUCCAGCCCUGAACAAAAUAUCGAAACGUAUAGGAUCGUAUUUCGAUAAAACGUCUGAAUCUCUCUCCGUACCUGCACGCCUCCACAAAGGUCGUGUAAGACCUUCGGAUUUGCCAAACAUGUCAGAAACCACGGGUAAAGAUAACAUAGGACUUCUCAAACACCACCAGAGUUUGUAUAUUUCCAAAAAGAAAGGGUCAAAGCUACCAAACAUGAACAAGAUGGAGUUUAGUUCCAAAGGCCCGGUUUUGACAUUUGGAUGUGAUCUGUUAAGUCAAAUGGUUUACGAAAAUGCACUUAGAGAAGGCAAAGAGACCGAUAAAACGAUUCGAUUGAUGGUAUUAGGAUGUCAUGGCCAGGGAAAAACAUCACUAACAAAAAAUUUAUUAGGAGAGUCUACUGAUGCUGUCAAAAGCACCAAUGGUAUUGAUAUUGUGAAAUGUACAUGUACAGCAGAAGGUGCAUCUUGGAAAAGACAACUGAGUGAAAAUGCUGAAAAUGAGAGUUUACAAAGAAUAGCAAAUGUUGUGAAAAGCACUGUCCCAGAGACAAUCAGUUUCGUUUCAGGCGCAAAAGGCGAUGAUGUACUUGAUAAGUUAUCAAAACAACUGGAGAAAAAGGGUAACUCAAAUGAGCAAAUAGAAAGCAUAACAAUAUGGGAUUUUGGUGGUCAGUUUGUAUAUUAUGCCACUCAUCAGCUGUUUCUUUCAAGAAAAGCCGUCUACUUACUUGUAUUUGAUUUAAGUAUAGACCUUAGUGCUAAAAUUGAAGAUGAAGAUGACACCCUUACGACAGAGUUAGGUGGAAAGACAAUGAAAGAUUACAUUGAGUUUUGGAUGAACUCUAUUCAUUCUUACGUCGGAAAUGAAGAUAGCACAGAACCUGCUGUCAUUCUAGUAGGAACUCACGCUGAUAAACUUAAAAAUAGGAUAGAUGCUGAAAAGUACAUUGAAUCAGUAAGAGACAUGUUCAGUGAACGUAAGUUGAGUCAUCAUAUCCAAAGGGAGCAUUUUGCUAUUUCCAAUAUUAAUCCAUCUAUAACUGAGAUCGAGAACAUUCAAAAAACAGUCAUCUCAAUUGGGAGAAAACAAAAUCAAGAAGAAACAAUACCUGCUCAAUGGAUUCCCCUUGAGCGCGCACUGAAAGAUUGCCGAGAUGAAAACAUUAUUACAAUGGACAGAUUAAUUGACAUUGAUAACUCAAACGAGUAUCCAAUACGAAAACAGGAAGAACUGAAAUCCUUUUUAGAAUUUCACCAUACCUCUGGUACAUUCUUUUAUUUUGAUGAAGGUGAAAUGAGUCAGCAUGUUGUUGUCAAUCCUCAGAUUUUGGUACACGCAUUUAGAUGCAUUAUAACAUCAAAGACGUUUUGCGCACGAAGUCCAAAGCUACAACCAAUGUGGAAAGCGCUGACGGAAAGGGCAAUCCUAUUUCCGGAACUACUACACUCUGUCUGGAAAAAUGAACCUGAAGACUUCACAAUGUUUCAGGAUAUUUUAACUGCUUACUUGAAAAAACACCGGAUUAUUGGUGAAGCACAGCAGACAGAAAUGAAAGACGGGGCGCUCAAUUCAAAACCGUUAGGAUAUUUCAUUGUUCCAAGCCUAUUGAAAACAACCGACGACGGUUCAGUUAAAGACUUCAUUGACCGAAAGUCAUGUACACCUGUUUCACUUGUUUACGAGUUUCAGAACGAAGCAAUUGUGCCAACAAUUUUUCAGAGAAUUACAGCUGCAGCUGUAGGAUCAUGGCCUAUCUUAUACUUUAAGGGAAAACCUCUUCUCUUCGAAGACGUAAGCGUCUACAAGAUAAAUCUAAGUCACGCUGCUUGGGUACUACAUGCAAACAGAAAAAUAGAAAUUUUAAUCAUUAGUCUAUGCACUGAAGCUGAUGUGUCUGAAGAGACGGCAGAUUAUUUUCGGCGUUUUACAGACUUGCUGAUUGACGCAGAAUUUCAAAAGCUACGUCAUUUAGAAUUGGAAGGUACCAGAAAUCUGCCAUUUAAGCAAGCGUUUAGAUGUUUUCAUAAAGAGCAUUCUUGUAAAGGAAGUGUUGCGACGUAUCAACUUGAGUUAGUACAAGAUACGAAAAAUCAGUUUCUUUGCUGUCCUGAUCAUGUUAGUCAUGACAGUUUGAUUCCGACCAAAAUAUUGAAGCUAUGGUUCGGCAACCAGGUAGCUGCGAAGGACAUUCCAAAGAGAAAACUAACGGAUAAAGAAUAUAGUUAUAUUUCUACCCAUGGGGUUGGUUAUGGCUGGGAGCAUCUUGGUUUAGCUCUAGGUGUUCCAGCAAAGAGAAUAGAACAGAUAGACAUGGAAUGUAAAGACGUUUCAAUGAAAAUGUUCAAAGUAUUUAAGGAAUGGGAUAAAAUAAAGUCAGAAGAAGCGACACUAGAUGUUUUGGUUGCUCUCGUGAGCGAACAGCCUCGAAAAUAUUUCAAUCCCGAUACAUUGAAAAAUCUCAUUGACAAACUCUUCUGAAACACAGUGUUACCACUGCGCAAGAGGGAGUAGUGAGAGUUCAAUGUUUAUAAAUAUUUUGGCCUUCAGUUAAAGUCACUGAGAUUAAAAUAAACAUCAAUGAAUUUGUGAAUGAAAACAGUCAUUUUUUUUCAAUACUGAAGCUGCUGUGGUAGCAUUCCUGAAAAAAGUUAAUUACAUUUCCUAAUUGAAUUGGCAUAUUGUCGUCAUAUUUUGUUUUGAAUUGUGUUUAUAUAAGUGGCAUGCACUACGAUAUUCUACUUAUAUUCGCACCUUAAUAUAUAGGAAAAUAAGAAAACAAAAACACAUCAUUAUGACUGAUUUUAUUUCGACCCAUAUUACGAACUUCAAGUGGCAGUUGAAAUUAAACAUGUGUCUGAAUACUUAACGGAACUGAAUGAUUUGAAUCUAGUAUGGAGAUUAAGAAUCAAUAGAGCCCAGGUUCAGAUGGUACUUCUGUGGCAUUUGAUAUUUUGUACAGAUAUUAAAACAUGUUUUAGUCUAAAGACCAGCAGAAGAUUGAAAUUCCUCUACGUCAGUUGGUUGUUUUUCAUCUUCUGAAAUGCCCACUGAUACAGCAAUUUAGGAAACUGUAUAUAUCGAGUCUUCUGCCACAAUCAGAGGAUAAGCGCUGAUGUUUUAAGGCGCCAUGGGCACCUUACACGGGGUAGAUUUGUACUCAAGAUUCUGUCUUAUUUAAUACCAUUUUCCAACAAUAAACAGUGGCUUUUGACGGCGAAAACUAACCGUAAACAGUUUUAAAAUUUUGCAGAAGCUGCUUGGUUGGUAUAUUCGGAGAAAAACCGAGCGUUAUGACCUGCUUUCCUUCCUUCCUGGAGUCUUCAUGCUUACGAAAAAUUAAUACCAGUGUAUACAAGUGUAAUAUGUUAAACGACCAUUAUAACUUAGUUAUAACAAAAACUGAUUGUGUUGAAAUUUUCAGAGUACAUGAGUAUUGAAACCCCCUAGAAGUCCAUGAAAAAACAUCUUGCUUGUACAUGUAAUAGUUUCUACGGAAACGCAGUAAUGUAAGAUUUUCUGAAUUCCCGUUUGUUUCACCAUUUUGUUGAAAGACAUCAGAAUAAAUUUUGCGUUUUCUUAGGAAAUAGAGGGGGAAGAUGUCAAUUCUACAAUAUUUUCAAACAUUUCCGUCAUAAUAGACGUUAUCCUUCAAACUACAUUUUUUAAAUUGUUCGAUAUUGCUCCAAAAAUUGAACAGAUCCGUCUUUUACUGUAUUUGCAUUUUUAGUACGAAAAUGAUGAUAUAAGAAAUGUUGAAAUUUAGAAAUGUAUUAUCAUAAUUAUUUUAUAUAAAUGUUCUCGAAAUUUG